UUUCACUGCGCGCGCCAAUUUAUCGACAUUGUCAUUGACAUCCGUGUUUAAUCUGUGUGAAGUUUAAACAAAGGCGUCGGUUUUUUCUUUCUCGUGGAAAUUUCCACUGCGUUUGUAUUAUUAGUGAAAAUGUCGAAACGAAGGAUCGAAGAAAGUGAAGAAGAUUAUUUAAAACGAAAAAUGAAGCGUUAUAAGAAGAAAUUGGAGGAGCUCUCUAUGAAAGAGGCCGUCGAUGAACAACCACAAGUCGCCGAAAAAGAAAUCGUUCCAGAGGAGGACAAUGAGUUACCGGAGGACACUGAAUUAAUAGAGGACGACCAGUUACCAGAGGAAUUUCUUCUUGCCCUCGACAGUGAGGGCGCAGAGAAAGAGGUUCGGGGAGAUGAAAUCCGACCGGAACUGGCAAACCGUUGGAUAAAAUUGAUGAGUAAUGGACUGGGUAAAGAAGCACAAGAAGCUAUUUUCAAAAAAUAUCCAACGCCAUCAAACUUUGACAGUGCAGAGGCCCCGAAGGUUAAUCCAGAAAUUCUGGCAUCUCUCUCACAGAUAACAGUUAAAAGAGAUAUGAGAAUUGUACUUCGGCAGAAUUUGACUGGAAAAGUAAUGUGUGCCUUAGGCAAAACGCUUACAAGCAUUCUGAAGGGCGAUAUAAAUUCUAAGCUCAUUAUAGAGCAGGUUAAUGAUGCAGCAAAAUUAUGUGCCGAAAUUUACUAUCAAGAUUCUUCAUCAAGGAAGUUUUUUGCCCUCGCAGGAGCAGACCAAAACAUCAAAGAUGCUGUUCGUGACUCUAAACCGGAUAAAUUCCUUUUUGGAAUGAAUUGUGCAGAGAACAUAAAGGCUGCACAAGCCUUAAAAAGAACUGGAUCCCAGAUUAAGGCUGCCGAUCCCAACCAGCGGGCACGUGGGGGCAUCGUCCACCUCCAACUCGGAAGUACCAUCAACACCAGCGGGAUCCAAGGAGGGGUCACCGGUUUCGUCACACGCAUCGCCGUUAGACCAACAGGUACAUGCGGGUAGGCUGAAACAUUUUCUUAAUAAUUGGCAUGAGCUCACUGGAGACCAAGUAAUAUUAGAUUGGGUCCAGGGUAAUGAAAUUCCGUUUAGUCACACACCACCGCCAUUCCAGUCAGCCCAACAAGUUUGGUCUAAAAGAGAGAUUUUGCUAAUAAAUAAGAAAUAGAUAAACUAAAAGCUCUUGGUGCAAUUUCAGUAUGCUCUUAUAGUGAGGAUCAAUUUACAUCUCCAAUAUUUUUAGUUCCAAAAAGUAAUGGUACAUACAUUAAAAGCAUAUGAAAAUAAUGUAGAAAUUUGCCCUGUUAGAACUUUAAGAACUUAUAUUGAGGCAACAAAAGCUAUAAGGAAUGCUUACGGUCGACUAAUACUUACCUUUAAAAGACCGCACCAUCCAGCGUCUACACAAAGCUUAAGUCGAUGGAUAAAAAAUACUUUACAUGAAGCCGGCAUUGACGUGAACAUAAUUACAGCGCACUCUACAAGACAUGCUUCGACUUCUGCCGCUCUUAGAUCAGGCAUAUCUGUUGAUCAAAUCCAAAAAACUGCAGGAUGGUCUGGAAGUUCAGAGACUUUCGCAAGACACUAUAAUAGACUAACCACGGGCUCUUUAGCAUCCUUUAGUCAUGCAGUUUUGAACACCGCCUCAUUGUAGGCGUCCUGUUAAGUAUUUUACUGUAAUAUUAGAAAUACUAUUGUGCCAUGUUAUUUACUAAUUAGUUAAGUAUAAUAGUAAGAUAAUAGAAACAGACUGAUUAAUAAUAUGAAGAAGUUAAUGUUUUUUGUUCUUAAGUUUAUUGUUGUUGUACUAAAUGUACAUU